AUGAAUUCACUACUCAGCCAAGAUGAAGACGAUGAAGUACGGCUGCAAGAAGCUGAAGAAGCCGUGCGUAUUGUGAGACGAUUUAACACCGCGAAAGACAAGGAGGAACGCCAGAAAAAGAUCAUCGAGUUAUGCACAGACAUCGCGGGAAUUCUCGACGCAAAAAGGAGGUAAGUCCGUUAUAUUUGACGGGAAAAUUUUGUUUUGUCAACUCUUCUGGGGUAGAAAUUUGAUUUUUAUUUUAGCUUAAUGCCGUUUUUUUUUAAGGUACCACCAGAAUCGAUUAUAAAGACUUGUAAUGUAACUCUACUUUGUGAUUUUAUGGACGAAAUCCUAUUGUGUGAUCAAAUGAAACCUCUUUAGCAGAACUUUUAUACAGCAAUACUUUUUUUCUUAGUUUACAAUAUGAGAAGACAGGAUUUACUGAGGUGUUUUUAUCAAUUUUUAUUGUACGCACUCUUGAACGUGCAUCUGUUGAGUUGUAACGCUAGAAGAAAGCAGGACAGACUAAUCGAAUAUUAUCCAUUUAGAGUUGUUUGCCGAAUCAUUCGUUUGAAUAUAGCUACUGUGACAGACAUACAUCUCCUUGAAUACAUUAGUCAGUCAACAGUUUGUCAAGUAUUUAUUUGCAUUGAAGUGGGAAGACACUUUCAACAAAUGUACCAACUAAAAAAAAGACGACGUAAGUGUCGCUGGAUUUCGAGUGCAUUUGUUAUUGGGUUCUUACGUCUUAGAAUGAACAGUUGGUUUUGAAACAAGUGAUAGAAACUCUACACGCUUUUGUCACGGUCAAUAAAGGAGCGAUUUAAAAUUUUCGACGCGAUUUAUUGCACGUUGAUUUUUGUAUCCUGUCCUCUUUUGAUAUGUGCUCCGCAUUUCUCAAGUUGCUAAAAGUUGAAAAACUGCUGGAAAUACAAAAUAAUAUAACGCGCGCUUAAAAGCAAGUAAGUGUCUUUUUGUGGCGGGAAUUUCAGAACGAGAAAGUGGUUCUCAUUGGUUGACUUAUGUUCGUGUGUUUGCUGUUGCUGUCCCCUUAUUGGCUUAUUUUGUUAAGUAGUUACUUAGUAAAUUAAAUACGCCUUCAAUAACCAAUAUUUAAAAACUGUUACUUAUUGCGAUGCAAAUUAGAUCGGGGUGGGACUUUCUAAUAUGUUCAUCAAAACGACAAACUGGUUUUUUAAACAGUUCCUUAAGAUAGGAUGAUAAAGGCACAAAAUUUAUGAUUUUCUGCAGAUGUCGCGUGGCGAAAUUUUUUGUAUUCAAGUUUCCACUGAAUUCUAGUCUCACCCUAGUUGUAAUCGAUUUUGUGCAGUUUUAUUUUAUACUUCGUAUACAAUAAUUAUCACUUAGGUUGUUGUAUUGAAAUUGACCAGUUUUAUAGACGAGCCAAAAAAAUUCAAAGCUGUGUUCUUUUCUUGCGUUAGCCGAUUAUGGCGUACAUUUGCGGACAAAAAUAAUUGAAAAUAAAAGACAAUUUGAUGUUCAAAAAUUAGACUAACCAUGUCGAAAUCUCGUCAUAUGAAUUUGAAAUCGCAAUGAACGCAGUCGAAAUAGCAUCAUUCGAACUUGAAGUUACUUUGAACUAGUUGAAACUAUAAACGGAAAACUCGACAUCGCGGAUGUUGAAGUUCAAAUCACCAUUCCAACUAAAAUGCAAAUUACAUGAUUUGAACUUCAAUUCACUUUCUCCACUCUAAUAAGCCACUUAAUCGUCAACAAUGCAACCAUAAUCUUCCACAAAAUUCCAAAUGAAACCUUUAAUUUGAACUUAAAGUCACGUCACAUAUUCGAAUUCGAAAAACCAAAAUUUCAACCAAAAUAGGUCUCUAAUACGGACGAUCGACUCACGCUAUCUUAAACCGACCAAGCACGGAAACAGAAACAUGAAGAUAAUUUGUGCAGGAUUGUACAAAACUGGUUUAAAGUCAAUCUGCAAAGCUUUGAGACAACUCGGAUGUUGAAGUUCAAAUCACCAUUCCAACUAAAAUGCAAAUUACAUGAUUUGAACUUCAAUUCACUUUCUCCACUCUAAUAAGCCACUUAAUCGUCAACAAUGCAACCAUAAUCUUCCACAAAAUUCCAAAUGAAACCUUUAAUUUGAACUUAAAGUCACGUCACAUAUUCGAAUUCGAAAAACCAAAAUUUCAACCAAAAUAGUGGCCUAUUAGCACGCUACGUGAUUUUAAGUUAUUCGGUAGCCUACAUAACACAUCCUGAUCAUCAUCACGAUAAACGCGUGCUACCAACAAUUUUUUCCAAAAAAUCUUUUUCCAUGAUGCAAAUUUUUCUUUGAAAAAAGUAAAAAGGGACCAAUUUAAUUGUCUUUAUGGUCAACACCAAUGUUAAUUGCCGAAGUUGCAUGUUGAUACGUAACAUUUGAUGUUGAACUCUUGACUCGAAAGUUGAAGUCUCAACUUCGAUUUAUGGCGGGAUUGGUACGCCUUUGGUAACUCAACAACCAACUUGGUGAUUCAAAGUUCACCUUUCGCGCAAAGCGCAUGUAUCGAGAGCAAUGUUGAUCAGUGAACUUGAAUGUUGAUGGGCAUAGUUUAAUGUUGAACUCUCACUUAUAAAGUUGAAGUCUAAAAUUUUGACGAUUGCGUUAAGAACUACAAAAUUGAACUGCAAAGUUGAAUGUUGAUAUUUUUCAAGUCAAAUGUUACACUCAAGUUGAACGUUGUGAUCUACUUUGAUUUUUGGCGGGGAUGAAACUCCAUACUGGGGGGCAAGAGUCCAAGUGUCACGUUGAUGUCUCGCAGAGAAAAUAAACAAUUGGCCAAAACCAACACCAUGCAAGAAUUACGGCAUAUCGGAUUCAUAGGUCUCUAAUACGGACGAUCGACUCACGCUAUCUUAAACCGACCAAGCACGGAAACAGAAACAUGAAGAUAAUUUGUGCAGGAUUGUACAAAACUGGUUUAAAGUCAAUCUCCAAAGCUUUGAGACAACUCGGAUUCACCGUCUAUGACUGGGAAGAGCAAAUCUUCGAUUUUCUAGAUCACUGGUGCGAUGUGUUUCAAAAUGGCGCCCAGCCAAAUGUGAAGAGGGUCUACCAGAAUGCUGAUGCGGUCGUUGAUCUGCCGGGAAAUUUUUUCUGGGAGGAAAUAUUGGAAGCUUUUCCUGAUUGUAAGGUGAUUUUGAGCGAACGAGACGAAGAUUCUUGGCUGCAAAGUUGGGAAAACCACCUUAAAAUGCUUCAGUCGGACAGGUUUCAAAUCAUUCUAAGAGACAAGUUAUCGCAAACGGGUAGAAAGUUCAACGUGAUUGGGAAUUCUUGUGUGGAAGCAUCGCUUGGUUCUACGAACCCAAAGUCCACCUGUGUUUUCAGAAAGCGAUAUCGUAUGCACAAUCACCGUGUCAAGUCCAUUGUACCACCCGAGAAACUACUGGUGUUCAAUGUAAAACAAGGAUGGAAACCGCUGUGUGAUUUCUUGGGCUGUGAGGUUCCAACAUCUGCCUUUCCACAUGAAAAUAUCAAAGGAGAAAUUGUCACACAAUUGAAAGAAACAACGAUUUUUCGGCGAGUAAAUUGGGAAGUUCAGAGAGCUAUUUUUGUCUUGCUUUCUCUUAUCGUCGUUAUUACAGCCGCAUCUCUUGUUAUUUGUUUUUGCUGAUGAAAUUGACUAAGCGGAAGUCUGGCCGAUCACAACCGAAAUACGUUUUCAAAAUUUUCCACAUUAUCUACCGGGGGAGUAUUCCUGGGAAUUCUUGGUGGGGAUGUGCCGCUCGUUUCUCCAAAUUUUGACCCCAUUUCAGACCAGAAAAUGUCAUUAUUCACACCCAUUUUCAGACCUGGCCUCUAAGAAAUGAUGUCAACAUUGCUUAGAUUAGAACAGCAACAAAAAAGAUUUCUUAAAAUCCCUCUCGAAUUUGCUUAUUUUUCUUUCUUUACUUUGUCAUUUGGAACUGAAAUGAUAAAUACGUUUAUACACUCCCGUAGUUCCCUCGGAAUUCAUACCCGAUUUCAGACCAAAAUAGCCAAAGUCUAUUUAUACUCGUUGGUUUUCAGACCAAGACGCCACAAAAACCGUACCUUUUUGGGCGGCAUAUACAUAUAUGGUUUAUAUAAAGGAGUACCGCAGGGGAUUAUAUAUUAGUUUGAUAAUCAAGACAAGGCAUCAAAGCAAUAGCUGUUGUUUCAGUUUUAUCCUAAGAAGAAUUGUUCUUAAAAAAUACUUUUUUCGGAUUUCUUUGCUUUAUACGCCAGUGAUAUUUUGUCGUCACGCAACACCCCAGUUACCCAACACCAGUCAUGGCGCAACGCCAAUGCAGGGGUGCGUGAUAAUCAUUAUGCAGAUUUCUCACACUAUUUUUCAUAUAUUUCAUGUAUUUAGAUGGCACUGAUAAGGAGAAUUUCUUUAAUAAUGUUAAAACAUUGUUGGAAAUACAAAACAAUAAAACGCUCGCUUUAAAAGCAAGUUUCUUUUUUGGCGGGAAAUUCAGAUGAAAGUGGUUCUCAUUGGUUAACUUAUGCUCGUGUUUGCUGUUGCUGUCCUUUGAUUGGCUAAUUUUUAUUUUAUUGGCUAAUACGCCUUCAAUAACCAAUAUUUAAACUGUUACUAAUUGCGAUGCAAUUUAGAUGGGGGUGGGGGCUUUCUAACAUGUCCAUCAAAACGACAAACUAGUUUUUUAAACAGUUCCUUAAGAUUGCAUGAUAAAAAUUUUUUAUUUUCCGCAGUUGUCGCGUAGCGAAAUUUCUACUUAUUCAAGUUUCCACUGAAUUCUAGUUUCACCCUAGCUGUAAUCGAUUUUGUGCAGUUUUAUUUUAUAUUUCGUAUACAAUAAUUAUCACUUAAGUUGUCGUAUUCUUUAUAAAUUGAUCAGUUUUAUAGACGAGCUAAAAAAUUCAAAGUCGUGUUCUUCUCUUGCGGUAGCCGAUUAACACGCUACGUGAUUAUAGGUUAUUCGAAAAUGCACAGUCGAAAAUCUUUGGAAAUGUUGUUGUUCUAGCCAACAGGUGCUUUGCGAAUGCGCAUGCGCUAGUGGAGCUAUCACUUAUUUGAUAGACAGCUGUGAUCGAUGUAAACAUGAAGCCGUUUUCAUUCAAAUGAACUCUAAGUGGAAGAGAUUGUGCUGGGAAUUCGACCACUGGCGCUAAGCGGUUGCCAUAGAAAAGGCAGGCUUUGUUUAUAAAGCUCUUGCGCACUUCUUGAAGACGAAAAAUGUUUCCUGGGAUCUUGGUCGCUAGCAACCAAGAAUUCAUCGCUAAAUCAAGACCGCUACCUCAAUCUCUUUAGGCUUGCCAAAAGCGGCUAGUUCAGCUUUUGGUAAGAAUUUAUAUUUGGCUAUUUUUUUCUUGCUUCUCAUUUGUUAUUUUCAGCAGGGUUUCAUUCAGGUGUAUUCAGGUGAUCUUUUGCUUUUACAAAAAGCCUUGAUCUUCAGCUCUUAUUUUCGACUCAAAAACAUAUAAAUUUCGCUACCCUCAAUUCUAUUUUAUUUCAUAUCAGUUCGUGUUUUUCUUCAGUUAUUUUAUACUAGUACAAUUCGUGCGAUUAUCAAAUCACCCUGGGGAAAAUUUGUAAUUGUGUUCCCGUAAAUAAUACGUUUUCAUCAAAUUUGAGGCAAUAAACUGCUUCCGCUUAUACUGAAAAUUAUGUGAUAAAAAUGGUAUCGAAACGAAUAAUUCUGAGCCGAGUUCACCAAACCAAGGUACAAUGUUUUUUCUGGGUUUUCUCGUUUUAUUUCAUGAGGACCAAUAUUACUUUAAAACAUGCAGUUCAUGAUGAUUAAAAAUUUAAUUUCUAGUUUAUGAAUUUUCCAUUUUUCAAAUUUCCUUCGAAGCGAAUUUUUCGUUUAAAUUUCAUCUUUCUUUCCUUCUUUAAUAGCACAGUAUUUGCAAAACUGUCUUAUUUUUUAUUUCCUUCAAAAUUCUGGGUGAAACUCUUCAUCCGCACACGAUGUUGCGAGCUUAUUACUUAUUUAUCGUCCAUCUGUAAAUUUUUAUGUUAUUGUUCGGAAAGAGGAAGUUCCUGUAAAUUCAAAAAAGCGGAAUUUAAUUGCGUUUCCUCGGAAAUGGCGUAUUGCUCUCUCUUAAUGUUUAACCCUUUAAGCCCUUUAGAAGAGUGAUCAGCGUCAAAUUUCUCCUUGUAAUAUCACUGCUUUGUAAAACAGAGUGUUCAUGGGAAUUAAGGACAUGAUCACACAAGAUGAAUCUAAUUGAUACUUCAACAAAUUCUCCCCACUACUUCUAUUGAAAACGUAUAGGGAUAACAAAUGAGAAUUUGAAUUUUGAUUUUAGGGUUUGAAGGGUUAAUAACUGCUUUCAAUCCGCUUAGAAAGGGUCUGGUUUUGCGCGAAAAUAAUAAAAAAGCGAAGGAUUAUUUUCGUAAAAAAAUGGAAAAAAAACUGAAACAUGUUUAACAGAUUUUCAUAUACAUAAGGAACGUUAUUUUUUUGAAUUUGUGAUUAUGAACUAUUAGAGUUUUGAUGGUAUCUUAAACCACUCUUGAUAAACCAACGUUUACUGGGUAACACGAUGAUGGGCGGGUUUGAGAUUAUAACACGCAAAAAUUAAAUACCUAUUUGAUUUGUUUGUAAUGGAGUGUCUCAACGACUAAGGGCCCGUUUACAUGGAGGUGGGGGACCCCAGGUAGGUGAGGUGUUUUUGUUUGCCUCAUUUGAUCACGUUUACAUGAUAGGUGGGGUGACCCGCCGCAUGUUACCUCACCUGUCUGGGGUCCCCCACCUCCAUGUAAACAGGCCCUAAAGUACUGUGUUUUUGCUUGCCUAGUCCCUAGGGAUGCGUUUCGGGACACGUGGUUCGAGCGCCGGGGUUCGUCUCGGACACGUCACCGAAAUGCAUUGACCGAGAAGACCUGGGAAGACACCGUACAGGGACUAGAAAAAAUUUUAGUCAGUUACAAUAGACUCCAGUAAAACACAAACCAAUCAGAUUAUAAAACAAAUGAAGUAUCAUGAGCCGACGCCCGGCAUGAAAAACGAGUGUACCGUGGCAACCGAAUUUUGAAACUCCUUAUCUCUCAUUAACUGUUGCAGACUUGAAGAUCUUGUUAAGAAACAAAGCGCCGAGCUCCAGGAACUUCGCCAACGAAUCCAUUCAGGCAACACCACUUCAACAUCAGGACGAGGCUCGUUGACUCCUGAGAGCUGUCAGGAAUCCACCGCGCCAGUUUCUUCCGCUUCCUCCCCUGAACGGGCUACAGCGUUUUGUCACAGGGGUACUGAUCCACUGUAUGAAUGGCCAGAAAGGCCGUCGACUUGUACCCGGUCUACUAGCCCGCUGUUUUUCUCCGUUUUAAGCAUGAAUUCACAUGAGGAGUCGCACGAAAGUUUAUUAGCCAAUCAGGAAUUGGCAGAAGAGAACAAUGAUACUUUGAAAGAUGACGUGGUGAGAGAGAAGACUACUGUAAACUGCAGUUUAGGCUAGACUACGAAUGAAACACGCGUUGCAUUUUACCACUAAACUAAAUUCCAGGGAUAUUCAAAAAUGUGAUUGUUUUUGGUUAAAAAUGAUCUGUUCGCCUUUGCAUCGACGUUAUCGUAUAUAACUUUUAACUGGCUGAUUUUUUUAAUGAAACCCGCGUUGCAUUUUGCCACUAAACUAAAUUCCAGGGAUAUUCAAAAAUGUAAUUGUUUUUAGGUACCCUCUUAUGAUCUGUUCGCCACCAAAGUUUGGACCCCCGCCCCUAGUCAAAAAUUCGUGGAUCCGCCCCUGGGGCUAAUGGUCGAAUGUAGUUUUUCGUUUUCAGGUGGAUUGGCGGGUCUAUUACUGGGGGUGUGGGGUGAGCGACAGUUACGGUGUUUAGGAUUCUGGGAAACUGCCUACCUACCCUCUCCCUAAGCCAACAUUUUGCCCUAAGUGAGCAGUAAGUGUUGUCUUAAGGGAGGGGUAGGUGGGCAGUUUCCCAGAAACCUAAAUUGAUCAACUUUUAGAGUGACUUAUAGAAACACGGAAGUGACCUUAAGAGUCACUGCUUUCAGUGAAUGGGUAUUUGUAAAUUUUCCAUAGCCAUAUCUGUAGACACGGGUGGAUUGCCUCUUACCACGGAGAAACGACUUGGCUAUUGCAUUGCAUUACGGGGUUCAUGCCUUAUGCACAUUUGGGCAGACUGGUCAAAACAGUCCGUAUUUUCCCCGUACCCUGAAGGCGGCGCGCUUCGCGCUUAAUCUCAUGGGCCGCGAUCCAUUAACCGAUUUCUUUACUGAUUUUCUGAAAAAACCCAACUGUUUUGCAGUGGACCAGUUUUUUGGAAACUUUUGGGUUGGACCGGUGCGAUCCAUUGGGUUUCCCCGAAAUACCCUGAAGGCGGUGGUUGAAUGGAUAUCUCAUGGUUUCUGUAACCAUUAAAAUGACAGCGAACGAAUUCUAACAAAAUGAAAGAGCAGAAAUGAAGGUUAACAGAAGCCCAUAGAGCGUUUUCACAUGACAUCAGGGCGGCCAUAUUAGUGUUCUAAACCAGUCCUGUGGGAAUUGAACUCUUUUCUUUUGUAAACGGUUAGUUUUUGUCCAGAUAAAUUUGCAUGGAUUUUGGCCACGAGUGUGAAAACACUCUAUAACAAUUCGAUAUAUUAUCGCCUUUUCAAGAAAUAUUUUUACCAAAAUACAUUUAUUAUCAGUUUUAUGCCUCGGCAAUGUCAAAAUGUCGGGUAGCAAGUCAUUUGGCUUAUAAACCUACUCUUGAAUAUAACGUUAGUAACAGUUACUUCUUCACUUAAAGGAUAAAUCAGGAACGGAAGAUGAUAACCCAUUAGACGAAGAAAACAACUUGGAUGACGAUAAGAACCAACGAAAAGUCAGAUAUGAAGGUGAUGAAUCGGAAGAAAAGGAAGGCGAUCGAACACAAACCGAACACAAGAAAGACGACCGGCAAAAUAGAAAAAGGUGAUCAAAUUUAUUCUCCCCGCUCAUGUAUAAUAGGAAUUGUUGAAUUCCCUUAAAAAUUUGAGAUUCCCGCUUUGUAAGUAAUAUAUCAAACAUGAGAUGCAGUGUUUCAUCACCAGAUGAAACACCGAGAAGAGAGUUGAAAAUACGACGCGCAGCGGAGCUUUGUAAUGUUUAUUUUUCCAAACAAAAUUAUUUUUGAAUCCGCAAAAAUGAGCAGUUUUUCAUCAGAUAUCCAAACACUCAUUAAACAUUAAUUUCCUUUGAAUUUCCUUUAUGAAUUAUAAAUGUGUUUGAGAAUGUUAUUUCCACAGAUGAUCCAUUGUGUUAGUUCACUUAAAGAUAUGUGAUCUUUGCUGAUUUUGAUGUCAGAUGACGUCAUUAGUUUUGCAGAACCACCAACUUGGAUAUUUUAUGAUGUAUUCUUGAUGAUUUGAUGGGACUUGAGAGUUUACAAAAUGUCGACGUUAACCAUUCGUUGUAAAUGUUUACCGUAAAAUAGUUGUGGCAUUCAUAGGUUGAACUUUGGUUUUUUUAGUGCAUCACAGCAGAAAAGUUCGCGCACAAAGAUCUCUUCGCAGACCGGUAGGACCGGCAGAAGGUCGGAAACAAGUUCUAAGAAGACAGAUAGAAAGCGAGCCCCAGUGGUACGAGACUCCUCGCCAAGAAAGACCACUGGGCAAAAACCGGCCCAAAAGUCAUCACGAGAAAAAACGUAUGAGACGCUUUGGAAAAAUAACCAGUUAAACCUGUUUAACGGGAGGUAAGUAAAUGAAAGCGGAUUAAAGUGUAAAGCUAUUUGCAGCCAUAAUCAUCACCAAAAAAGAAAGAUAGUUCCCGCAUUAUCCUAUCUUGAGAGUACGUACUUAAUGCCGUAGGGUUAUGUUAACUUUUCUCUGUCAUAUGUCAUCGUUUCCUAAAAUCAUUUCUUUUUACAUCUUAAGCGCAAAAGAGCGAAGGAACAAUGCAAGGAAUAAAGCAAAAGAAAAAACCGCUUCUGGGUAAGGUUCUUCUCUCAGUUGCAUCAGUUUUAACGUGAGCCGUUCUUUAACAAAACCUACUCGUAUUCUCUUAACUUUCCUCUAAUUUUCCUUUCCAGAAAUAAAUCCGCAGCGACGCGUCUAAGCGGCUCUAACAAGAAUGCCACUGACAAGCGUUUGAGUGACACGUCGUUGAGUAGUUCCGAAAGCGAAAAAGAAGAAGAACUGACAAGAAAGGUAAGGCUGGAAUAUUAAGACGUCACUGUCUUACCAAAAUAUCGUCAUCUCGAAAUGGCAGAUUUGGUCCAAAGAUUAAAAAAAUCAAUACUACGUUUUGUCCCUAUGAUUGAUAUCAGACGCUGAGCGUGUACAUUCUUCUUCUUACCGAAAAACAAAGCCAUCGUUUAGUGUAACUUACACUUCUGGAAUGUUAAGCUUAUUUGUUGUGUCUUGAUAACAUUGCAAAUGUCGGUAUUACCAUGUUUUCUCCUUUUUGAAGGUUAACCUCGAGCUUACUUCAGAGUACUGGGAAAUUCACAAACUAAUCAGAUUUUUGAAGGUGAGUGAGUGUAGGAAUGGGCAGCGUUGAAAUUGAACAUACGCUGAACAAACGUUGCAAUUUAUCAUAUUAUACUGGACACAUUUUCUUUAUUUUAGUAACCUUUCCGUUAGCUCCUUUUGACUGUCUUCUCUUAUUUAGCGUCUUGGCCACGCGCGAUACCGAUGACAUGCGUUUCGCACCAUCAACACCUUUUCCCGCGUUUUGCACCAGCGGCCAAAUUUCUCGGCGUCAAAUUUUUCAGCGACAGAUUUCCCACGUUUGUUGUCACCAGCCGCCAAUUUCUCCGCAAUUUGGCACCAACCACACGUUUUCAAACGUUAAACAUCAGCGAAAAGUUUUCCCGCCCCUUUGCGCUAAUAAAUAAAUCAACUUAACCCGUUGGUGAUCUGCGUAUCUUUAGUUUGGUUGGGUUUUUUGAGUUUGUGAAUUCAUUCGAACCUCUCCACAAGGGCCACCUUUAGGACAAAAAAAGGUUUCCUUUGUAGAGAGGUGGUUGUCAUAGCCUGCGUAGCAGGCGCUUGGAAUUAGUGGGCACACGAAAAAACGGGCGCGCGAGAAGGAGACACGCACGACACGACAGGACACGACACGACACCUCUCCGUGUCUCCCUCGCGCGCGCCUGUUCUCUCUAUCGCCCACUACUUCCAAGCGCCUGCUACUCAGGCUAUGGUUGUUAGUGAAAGUCCGACUGGGCUCAGUUGUUCGAACGCCGGUUAGCGCUAACCCAGGGUUAAAUUUUAACCUGGGCUUCUUUUUCUUUUCUAACCUGUGAACCUCGCGAUUUUUUCACCCUUUCCCCAAACAGAGAGCCUGUUCACAGGCUGUUUCUUUUCAUCAAAAGUACUCUCUCGGAUAAUUUUCUAUAUUCUUUUUAGAGUAUCCAAUCAUCAAAUUGUAGGCAAAGAGAAUUAAACUGAAUUUGUUUUUUAAGCUCUCAUAUCUGAGUUCAAAUUUCGCACUAACCCACGGGGUCCAGAGGAGAUGUGUUUGUCGUUAGAACAUCAAAACCCGUCGAAAACCUCUGAAAAAAUCGGUUAUUUUGAUCACGUUACAGUUUCUUUACACAUUCAAUAGACCGCAAACCAAGAGACUGAGGGCUCGCAAGAUCGGCUUACAGAGUCGAUCUGGUCAGAUAAGAAGCGAAGAAAUCGUUGACAGUAGAUUCAUUAAGAUCCCAUUGGGCUAAUUAAUCGUGCUAAGUGACAGGUAUAGACAUUUUUCAAGGUGAGACUUAAAAUAAGUAAUUCAUUUAUUCACACGAAACUCCUCUGGACCCUGUGACUAACCCUGGGUUAUCUUAACCCAGCUUCGAACAACCCGGCCCAGCUGUAGAUUAUCUAACAGCACAAUCAUUUCCUAGGUUAGCAACCCUACCGCUACUGUCAUCUGCCUUUGUGCUUUGCGGGAUGUCGGCCUUGAGCUGGAGACGAAUCAGUUGGCGAUAAUGGAGCUGGGAGGAAUAAGCAUUCUUCUUAAUAUUCUCAAGACAGAUCAUUGGCGUUGCGUAGUAAGUAGCGCAGUCACCUGUUCUUCGCGAGACGCCGUGAGUUAAUGGCGCGGUUCAAAGCAUAUGCCACAUGUUGCGGGCAAAAAGCGCUUCCUUGUUCUUGAUAAUAACCACAGUUAGUAGAGGGGACUAACUAUGCAAUAACUAAAGGUUACCGAGUACAGGCGACAACAGUCGACGGUCAAAACGCUCUUGCUCCAACGCUCCAACGUAAGUUUCAUGUGAUAGAUGGUCAAAUGCGCGCGAUAAGAUUGCGAGUGAUAGAAGGUCCAAAGUCCAAAUGCACGUGAUCAGAUUGCGUUCUGUGCAUUCCAUUCAUUCCUAGUGGAAGUCUAAAGAAAUAGUGGCUUCAUAAGUGCGCUCAUGCGUAAUAGCAACCUGGAAAUUAGGAUUGCAGGCUCCUCUUGUCGCCUGCAACUAGACUAGGAACAAUCAAUGCGAGUCGAUUUUUGGGCUCGGAAUGUGGGAAGUGGAGUUAUUUUUUUGUUAUUUUAAUGAGUUUAAAGAACUCUUUUGAAAAGUGACCCCAGAUAUUGAGGAGUUAAAAUAACCCCAAAAAGGCACCCAACCACACAGAGUUAAAUUAACUCCAAAAGAGUAAAAACAACCCUUUAAAGGAAGAAAAAACACCCUAAAAUUUUCACUUUUUCGGAGUUAUUUUAACUCCAGACUUUAACCCCGAAAAAGGGGCUAUUACCUAAAAUUUUUUACUCCAGAACUACUUCUGUCAUGGGAACCGUGAGAACCUUUUUUUUCAUUUUUUUUCGCGCCUGCUAUCGACGACUUAUCGCGGCUAUCGACGACUUAUGGGGAAAUUUAGUUCUGUUUCCAGGGUUAUCGGGCAUUACACCAACCCAAGAAACGAUCAUUGUUGUGAUCAAUUUGUUCAUAAAUAUAUUUUUCUAGGUUGCCUCUCUUAGAAUCCUGAAGAUUAUAACGAAAACCAAGAGGAUAAACAUGGAAAUUUAUCGUCUGGGAGGUAGUUUUAUAGUAUCAAACGAUAUCAUUUAAUAUGGUGUAAAAAGGCUGAAGUAAUUGCAGUGAGGUAAUUUCAUUUCAAAUAUUUUGAGUGCAAGGACUAAUUGUUGGUCGCAUUAAUUGGUUUAGUAGCGGCUUGUGAAUUCUCUGUAUACGUAAGUAGUGCAAAGUCGUAUAUGUACAACGUGAGACAGACAGUAAGCACUUUGUGUUAACACCCCAAUUUUCACCUUGACUAGGAUUCACUUGUCACCACUUGUGUCACCACACCAUAAAAUGGGGAUUAUCAUUUGGGUGUUAAUUCACGUUGCUUUUCUCGGUAAACCAGGCCUUGCUAUUUUUUCUCUCUUAUGUGUAGGCAUCAAGCAGCUGAUAGAUUGUCUUCAAAGCCACGUUAAAGAGAUCCAAGCCCUCGCGGCCGAGACGCUUAGUCAAAUUAUCACGUUUCGAUUGGCUUAUAAUGCCGUUAGGCGAGAAGGAGGAAUCAAGCGGUUGGUAAGAAAACGUCGAUAUUGCCUUGGUUUUGUUCGUUUUUAGCCUUUUGAUUGGUUAAUAUUUCUCACGCCACUGUGUCAACCAAUCAGGAUUAACCUCCGCUUAAAGCCAGUCGUGACUUGUUGACACACGUUUUCCCGCUUUCGGCCCCAGUUACAUGGCUAUAUGUACUCCUUUUUCUGAUUUGUUCAUUCUUUAGUUCGUUGGUUCACAGGUUCUAGCCUUUUGAUUGGUUAAUAUUUCUCACGCCACUGUGUCAACCAAUCAGGAUUCACCUCGGCAUAAAGCCAGUCGUGACUUGUUGACACACGUUUUCCCGCUUUCGGCCCCAGUUACAUGGCUAUAUGUACUCCUUUUUCUGAUUGGUUCAUUACAUUAAUUGUCUGCGCAAUCAGCUUUAAUACACUAAAGAAAAAGUCGCUCUAACAUAAUUCACUUGUAAUUCCACAGAUAAAUCACUGAUAAACUGUUUCUUACUGAAAAUGAAGAAAUGAUCACUGGCAAUUAAUCAUUGCGUAAAGAAGUACAGCUCAUUCAUUAAUUUCAUUUCCGCAGUUCAUAUAUGAUUUAUUUCAUAUAUCAUUAACAAUAUACUUACUGUUUCGUUACUUAGUUAAAUGUUAGCUAAGUUUGGAAAUCUCUGUAUUUUUACUUCGUUAAACUUCUCUCAGGUUAACAUUCUUCAGCCUGAUAACAAACGACGCCAUAAAAACUCUCCUAAAGGUGAAGACGACUUCAGGCUGACUCACCACACGUGUAUGGCAUUAUGGAGUUGUAGCAGAUGCCGGAAAAACAUCCAGGCCAUCCGCGCUGCUGGCGCAUUACCGAUACUCGCUUCCUUAUUGGUUAGUGGACAAGAUGAUGUCAUUUUACCCGCAAUGGGAAUCAUUCAAGAAUGCGCCACCGAGGUACGUAAGGGAUAAGCAAGUCUGGGCUGAAUUGAUAGGAGAUCAGUGCAGAUUCAGGAUCAAUUUCCAUUUAAAUUGAACCCUGGGUUGCAGUUAACCGGGGUUCGAGUCACGUAGUGGCUCACAACCUCUUUGGCUUUUUCAAGUUUUGAUUACAAAAAGCAACUUUGAUAAAAAUCUUUGAACAGUAGCCCGGAAAAGGAUGUUAAAGGAAAAUCGAUGAGUAAAAAAAAAAAACAGGCCGAAUUUAUUAUUCGGGAAUUUUUAUCAUGGUCCUGAAACAUUAAUUGCUGUCAACGACCGACAUAUCCAACAAUGUGAUUAUCGCUGCAGAAUCAUCUUUUUGUCGACAUCAUGGGGUUUUUCUUUCCCUCAAUGAUUACUCCUUAGUUGCGUGUUUUCGUACCUUUAAGUAAUCUUGAAUUUGAAGAGGUAAUUGAGUGUUAUGGUUGGUAUUUUUGGCAGCCUGCUUUUCGGGAGGAUAUCCGCAGGGAGGGGAUAGUGGAGACAAUUGUCAAGCACCUCAAGGGAGGAGAUGUGUCGCUCAGAACACUUUGUGCAACUGCUCUGUUUAAGGUACGCGACAACAUCUUUUAUUUUAAAAAAAAAUCGAUAAGUGUGAGAUGUUCCUGAAUGUGCUUAGCUCAAUCUUGAUUAGUUUUUUAAAUUUUACCAACUAUUUUGAGUAUGUCUAGUUUGCUUUAAAUUCAAAAAUUAACAUAGAUGAAACAUUAAUGAAGUGCCAAACCUGUUUAACUUGUUGUUUCAUUCGUUACACAGUGCGCUGAAGAUGACGUCACACGGGAGACUAUUUCUCGUCAUGGUGGACUAGAACUUCUCGUCCAGUUAAUGGCGUCCAGGUCAUCUGAAAAGCAGCUUCUCGCGGCUACGGUUGGAGCUAUGUGGAAGUGUUCUCUGAACAAAAAUAAUGUAAAAAGGUAGAGGAACAACGACUCUGUGUUGUUACUGUAAGUGCCAGGAAUGUUACGCCUAGAAAUUUGUGUGUGCGCCUGUUUUGUAGCUAUGUCAGUGUCCAAGCCUUCAGUGCAGUUUGGGUUCAUUAGACGUUUAUUGUUUGUGUAUUUUUAGCUGUUUUUUGCGUAUUGUAUACUUUUAGGAGUUUUUUGCGAUUACAGUUGCCUUUUAAUAGUCACAGUUUGUACGUAGAGACAGGUGUGCAUCAAACUCUAGUUGUCGAGAUUUAAAAAGUAUUUUCAAAACUCAGUUGUGUUUGCGUCGAACUCUAAUAGACUCACUCCACUAUCUUACUGGAAAGCCUAGUAACAUGGUUACUGACCCAACUCCUUUUUCUUAUGGAGCUUAAUUUUAAGGGACAUUCUGAGUAAUAAAGAUUGUCUCUAUUGCACUUCAGGCUUGAACAGUUUGGCGCUGUGAAAUCGUUAAUCUUGCUGUUAAAAACUCCAGAUCAAUCACAUGAGGUAUGUUAGGUCACCGGGGAUGGGGCUAAUUAAACAUCAUAAUAUUGAUGGAGUAUUUGUGAAGCUUAGGUAUAACUUGAAUAAAAUGAUUGAAGCGAAAUCUGUUGGGCUUACAAUCCUUGGGCUUCGCACUAGUUUGAUUUAAGCUGCGAUAAAGCAGGAUUGAUAUUUAGAUGUUCAAUGCCAUGCCUAGUGCGCAUGUGUAGCAAUAGCAGUAACAAUUGCGGUGUUCCAGUCCCCUCUCGUUUCCUAUGUGGCGAAUGGCCAAUGUCGUAAUUGAUUGAAAAGCUAUACUCCCGGCGAACUCUUCGGGCGCUCCCGCACCUAUUUGAAAGAUUGUUUUUGAUUAGCUGCGAAAACAAUAAGGAUUGUCACAUAACCAUGCCCCUAUCCUGAAAAAAAUGAAGGUGCAGAUUAAAGGGGACCAGUAAAAUAAGAGGUUUAGAAUGGUGCAGGUCUUCUGAACUCUUCGUGUGUUUCACGAUGCUCUUGUAAUUUAAGGCUGAUGAUGGUUCACAUUUUUCCAGGUUCUAGCCAACACCUUUGGUGCUUUACAUGAGUUUGCACAGUACAGCAAGCGAACUCUUCUCUGCAUCAGGGAUGAGAAAGUUAUUCCAGUUGUUGUUCGAGCGCUGACAAUCACGGAAAAUGCUCUUCUCAUCAAUGCCACAAGACUUCUAGCAGUCUGCGCUAAAGAACCAAUAUGCAGAAGGUUAGUUUUUAGAUCAAUAUCCAUGUUCUCCACACUGCUCUACAUACAUUCCACAUGGUCUUGGCUAGGAGACUUUGAAACUCGACCCCAGUCUCUUUCUCGUUUUCAAAGUGACGAAUUAGGAUCCGUAUUCUACACUCCACAAACUUUGGGGAGACUGGAAAAGAGCGUUCAGCCCAAAGAGUUUUGGGGAUCGUUUAUUAACCAAUGUGAGCUAAUGAGCUUUUAAGUCGUCAACCAUUUAAAAUUGACGCUGUUUACACAAGCGGGUGAACUUAGAAAUUUUACAGUACGGAGCAUGCCCUCAGGCUAUUUGGAGUAAGUCGCCCUCUUGAAGGGACAAUUUCGUUGCAGAUGACUCGUUUUUUUUGUUACCGCUUGACCAGUUAUAUGCGGCUAACACCAAGUCGCCUGGAGAUAGUGUGUAUUUAGUUUUUUUUAUAUUUUUAUUACUAUUUUCUUUUAUAGUUCGGUACUGAGUACAGAUGGAUUAAGACUUCUUUGGUCUUUGUUGAAAUUUCCCGAUCCAGAGGUAUGAAAAGGAUUUCAAAGCAUUCAGUAUUAUCAUCAUUACCUGAUCGACGUCAUAUCCAAAGCCAUAAUCCAUUAUUAUCAUCAUCAUCAUCAUCAUCGUCGUCGUCGUCGUCAUCCUCAUCGUCAUUAUCAUCGUUAUCAUCAUCAUUAUCGUCAUUAUCAUCAUCAUUAUCGUCAUCAUCAUCAUCAUCAUUAUCGUCAUCAUCGUCAUCAUCAUCGUCAUCAUCAUCAUCAUCAUCGUCAUCAUCAUCGUCAUCAUCAUCAUCAUCGUCAUCAUCGUCAUUAUCAUCAUCAUCAUUAUCGUCAUCAUCGUCAUCAUCGUCAUCAUCAUCGUCAUCAUCAUCAUCAUCAUCGUCAUCAUCGUCAUCAUCAUCAUCGUCAUGAUUCUCGUCGUCAUUAUCAUCAUCAUCGUCAUCAUCAUCCCCGUCAUCAUUCGCAUUAUUUAUAUCAUUACUAUCGUAAUGAUCACCAUCAUCACGUGAUUAUCAUUAGUACCUUGAUUUAAGCAGCAUUUUUAUGUACUAUCACCAUCGUCAUUUUCAUUAAUAUCAUGGCCAUCGUCAUCAAUGUCACUAGCGAUGACAUCUUGGCUAUUUUCAUCCUCUCAUUUAUCUUCAUUAGUGCUUUUACAGCCCUCAUUAUCUUCGUUCUAACACAUGUUAUAUUGUAGGUUGUGGCUGGAGCUGCUGAAGCCAUUGGUGAGUGUGUUGUGGACGUAGAGGUAAGAAAAGUUUUUUCAUGAAAUGAAGUUAGUGAGUGCGUUUGCUUGUAGUGUCCUAUUGAACUCAAAUAAUAACUAUGAUGAUUAAAAUUCAUUCUGAUUUUUUUUUGGCGCCGCCGGACACUAUCUAAGGGCCUGAAUUGUUGCUUUUACUUCAUCCUUCCAGGAGUCUGCUGAUGUGGUACGAUCAUUUGUUGGAGGUCUGGAACUGAUUACCAGUCUUCUUCGGUCUGAUAACAAGCAGGUCAGUCGACUUCACCUGACCUUUUGUAAACAAUGGAGUUUAUCAGACUUUAGUAAAAUCCAACUAGUGGUCUGUUAUCAAGGCUGCGUUCUGACUGGUUGAGCAACUACUAGGCUAUAUGUUAUAGCCCACUAGUAGCGAAAAGUGCCGGCUUUGAAAACCAAAACAAUGGCGGCUGAAUCUCGUUUUGCUAGCUAAAGUUGUUUUGUCUCGAUAUUUUUUACCAACUAGUUGGAUUUUACCAAAACAAUUAUUCCUCUCGCCCUCAUGGCUUUGAGGUCAAUAGCCCAUUCAGCCUUCGGCCUCAUGGGCUAUUGACUCAGAGCCCAUUCGGGCUCGAGGAAUAAUUGUUAAAUACAAGCAUUGGAAGCCGUUUAUUGGAGCCUAGAGUGGGAAAACACUUUGUCGAAGGAACGUGGCCGAGCGGUUAAAGCGCUGGACUAGACCGCUAGCUGGAUUUGUUUUCGGUAGUUUCCAGUUCAAAUCCUCCACCACGCUUGUAAAAUAGCCAACUGGUUUGUCUCCUACCAGUUGAGUGGGAUUCUUAAAAAUGUUAUGUUCCAUUUCAAUUAUUUGUUUUAUUAUCCCUGAAAAGCCCCAUAAAGGGAGAGGAUAAUAUGAAAGUAUUAUUAUUAUUAUUAUUAUUAUUAUUAUUAUAGUCAUAACUACAACAAAAUUGUCAAAUCUGAUUGGCUAUCAACUGCCCUGAUUUCAGCCUUAAUUGGACAGUUUAAUAGGACAGUACGCGUCGUGCCUAAGUAAUUGGACAGUACGCACCAUCACGCGCGCGCUUAAAUGGCUCUUUUUUUUCACUGCUAGCGAAACAAAAUUUCGAAUUUCUUGUGUUUUGAUUUAAAAAAUAGCCUAUUAUAUCACAAAUUUUGUUGAAGUUAUGAUUAAUUGGUAACAGAACUUCGUGUCGUCCAAUUCGGUCUGUAAUCAUACUCGUGAUUAAACAAAUCGGACGACCGCGAAUGAUUACAGACCGAAUUGGACUCCACUCAGUCCUGUUACCAUUACUUAUUAUUAUUAUUAUUAUUAUUAUUAUUAUUAUUGUUAUUAUUAUUAUUAUUAUUAUUAUUAUUAUUAUUAUUAUUAUUAUUAUUAUUAUUAUUAUUAUUAUUGUCUAAAGUAACGGCUUUGAAAUGAGUUUUCAAGCAGUUUGCAUGAGUGGUCCGAAACUGAGCACGAGAAAACUUUUUCCCGGCUUUUCCAGUGACUGCAACGCCAAGAAUAUCCAUCAUAAUAUAAUAUACCUGCGUGCGCGAAAUUCCGCCAGCUACGAGGUCAAACAAAAUGUUUCUCGUUAUGUUUUGUAUUCAGGUGCUGAUAUGUGCCAAUAAAGCAAUAACCAACAUCGGCAAAGACCGAGAGAACCUCUCUAUCCUGACUGACUAUGAGGUGGUACCGCUGCUUAUUGACCUGGUCACUACGGUAAUACGACCGAAUGAGUUGCCUCUUAUCUGGCUUAACAUUAGACAUCACAAUCUUUUUCCCCGAUAAUGUGCGGCUCAUUACUGCGCAUGUCACGAUGGUAUGCUGUGCCUUACCUUAAUCGUGCGCCAUUGAGAAGCUGCUGAAGGCCGUACUAACUGUUGAACAUAGGUAGAUUUACUUUCGUUCUGGACUUUCUAAAGAAGGAAGAAAACAAAGUCCAUGCUUGGCGAGUUUAAUUUUAUUUCUUUCGACGUACAUUGUCAUAUAAAUUCCUUCCUUUGGUGAUUUAUUUGACAUUGUCCUGAACCUUGAAAAUGUAUCUUAUCGUAUUCUUCGAAUUUCAUGACAAAACUAGUUUGCACCUUGAACAACGUGCGGUGAUAGUUAGCUUAUCUUUUCUUCAACAAGCAACUGAGUAUCGGAUCGCCGCUUAUAUUUUUAUGUAAGUUUUUACCUUUUUCACCCCUAUGUACUGAUUUAGCUUUAACAGAAAUGGUGUCCUUGUUGUAGAGAUUUUUGUAAGAUAUCGUAAGAUUUUAUGACAAGAUAGCAUGGGUCUUGAAAAAUCUCUGUUUUUUCUUAUGCGUAGGAAGAUGAAGAGCUAAAGCGAUGGGUCGCGGAGGCGAUUGCAACGUAAGCCAAUCUUUCUUGUAUUUAUAAAUAAGUUAUGCAGACGUUAUAUGCUCGUUUUCAUCUUUUAAACGAAAUUUGUGACAACUCUAAUUUAGGUGCAGUGGCCUGGAAAAGAACAUCAAGUCAUUCUCACCAGUGGUCGUUCCCCUGGCGGACAGCCUCAAACGUUCCUCUGACGUGGCCGUCAAACGAGCGGUCGCCUGGGCGCUAGAAAAACUAUCACGUGACCAGUAUAACUGUUACUUGAUUCACCAGCAUGAUUCUCUGAAGGUAACGUGACUUGUAAUCGCUAAGAUCAACUUCACCAUAAUAACUCUUACUAUUGUUUAAUCUUGUUUGUACAACAUUGCUUAUUCUCGUCGGGGAAAAUACAAAGUUAAAUGAAGAUAUGAUCGUCGCAGUGGUAAUUGCAAUUAAAGCAAUUGCAAAUUAACCCGAAAAAAAUUAGUGUAGUGUUACUAAUGAAGAGAAUUUGUUUUGUAAUCAAAGUAGUUUUAGUGGUUUUUUUUAUUUCGUUCUCUCUUUUUUCAACAGACGUUAUUGACAUUAACAGGAUCGACGGAUGAGCGAGUCCAAGAGGCAGCGGCAGCCUGCAUAAAAAACAUGCGCGUAAACACUAUGAACAUGCUUUCAAGAUAGAAACUCACGGAAGUACCUUACAAAGGGUAGAAGGCGCAAAGCUGGUAUUUGACCGCACAACCCUGUCGAUAUGUGCAAGAAAGGAACAUUCUCCCUGUUACUUAGAGUAAAGCUAGAUCUUUACCGAGUGAACAGAAACAAUUCUUUAUUCACCAUUUUCGCCGAGACCAUAAUGCACUUUGUCUACCCCCCAAAAGUUUUUCAUAACCAUCGUCUUCGAUUUCUCUUGAGGUGACUGUAAUACCCAGUAGAAAUUAAAAACAAUGAUAAUGUUUAAGUUUGGAGGGGGCAAGAUCAUGUGCAUUUGAUCAUUUGAUAUAUGUUAAUUUGCGCAAUAUCAAGUUAAAAAAUAUUAAGAUGCAUUGAAAUGGUGAACAGGUGUUUUAAUUGAGAAGCAUGCGGACAAUUACAAUGCAUUGGAAUAUUCUCAGUAAAAUGCGUUACACA